ACUACAGAACUGUGUAGAAAAGAUUCAGACGGUGAUGGGAUGACCAAUGGUCAAGAGUUGGGUGAUCCUGACUGCACAUGGAAAGAGAACUCUAUUCCCAAAAGAACAACUGGAUUAUCUCACCCUGGUAUCUGUGACCCGUGGGACUCUCCGUCCUGCCAGGCUAAGCCUGUCACCCACCCGGUGUACAAGACCCAGGGGGACUGGAUGAGAGAUGAGUGUAAGGCUCAGGAGUUUGUUUGUGCUGCCAAAAAUGAAUCAGGUGUGAAGAACGUCGAUCUUCACCUGCCCAGCGGUUCUCACGUGCCACUCAAGGAGACGACCUACAUGUGUCAGAUCUUCGACCUUGAGCAACUCAUGUCACCCGGUGAUUACCACAUGGUGGCCGUGGAACCUAUUAUCGAUAACGUUUAUGUGUUGCACCACAUGGUCUUGUUUGGAUGUAAAGACACCGAGGUGGCAUCAGACGCACCAUUCGAGUGUGGCAUGACAGCUUCCAGCAGCUGCCAGGAUUUUCUCAGUGUCUGGACCGUGGGGUUCGCUGGGGACUGCAGCCACCCCAGUGCUGGGGUCAGGAUAGGGGUCAACGGGUACAAGAGGGUCGCUAUACAGAUCCACUGGAACAACCCAGAAAAAAAUCCCACAUGGGUAGACGGUUCAGGGUUAAGGUUGUACUACACACCUAACAGGAGACCUUACGACGCCGGCAUCAUCCUAACCGGCUCCAACUACUUCGUGCUGCCGCCUAGACAACCGGAAGUCAGCGUGCAAGGCACGUGCACCAAGACGUGCACCAAAAACCAUUACAAGGGGGCGGUGCAGGUCACCAUGGCCUGGAACCAUAUGCACUACGCAGGUAUCAAGAUGAAGAUCGAGGUGUUGAGGGACAACAAACACCUGACCUACCUGACCAACGACCCUGAGUACAGCUAUGACAGUCCGCAGGCUUACCUCUACACCGACAACCCCGUCAUUCUCCUGCCAGGGGACGAAAUCGUGACCACCUGCACCUACACCACGGCCAAGUUAGACCACUCUGUUUUACAAGGGGAGGCAACCUCUGAGGAGAUGUGCUUCGGUUUUAUCACCUAUUUCCCCAAGAGGAACGUCUCUCACGAAUAUUGUUUUAGUGUCGGCCCAGACGUUAGUUUUUGUGACUCCGAAACAUGGACCAGACACGGCUGCGACAACCCGUUUGCCUACUUCGACUCCCGGGCCCUGAACGCCUCCUCCCUCUACCAGGGUCUGAUGGCCAAGUGCCGGCCCUUCGGCCCCUGUCUGCAGGAGUGUGCCCAGUACGUCCUGGAACAGACACGCAGCAACGGCUGUCUGAGAGGGGAGAUGUACGAGCUCAUGCAGAACGUCGUCUUGAAAUCCCAUCCUGAAGGCCUCAACAUGAUGGCCCUGAUGGCCUCCUGCCAGACGGAAGUUUACCUGGCCAUCAACGGAUCUCCCAUGGCAACCACCAAGCCGACCGUUGAGGAGCGGGGACUGGCCGCCGCUCACCAUGUCAGUGCUGGAGCUGUGCUGGUCGUUUUGGUGCCAGCUCUGGUUCUGAUGUUCUAAGACAGAUAGUGUAGGCAAGGACAGAUAGUGUAGGCAAGGACCGAUAGUGUAGGCAAGGACAGAUAGUGUAGGAAAGGACAGAUAGUGUAGGCAAGGACAGAUAGUGUAGGCAAGGACAGAUAGUGUAGGCAAGGACAGAUAGUGUAGGCAAGGACAGAUAGUGUAGGCAAGGACAGAUAGUGUAGGCAAGGACAGAUAGUGUAGGCAAGGAUAGAUAGUGUAGGCAAGGACAGAUAGUGUAUGCAAGGAUAGAUAGUGUAGGCAAGGACAGAUAGUGUAGGCAAGGACAUAUAGUGUAGGCAAGGACAGAUAGUGUAGGCAAGGACAGAUAGUGUAGGCAAGGACAGAUAGUGUAGGCAAGGACAGAUAGUGUAGGCAAGGACAGAUAGUGUAGGCAAGGACAGAUAGUGUAGGAAAUGAUAUCUUUUGUAGGAAAUGGAAGCUCUUGUUGAAAAUAAUCCUCUGUGGGCGAUGCCAUCUUCUCAGUGUUGAUGGAAAUCUCUCCCUGCUCGACUACUACAUCUCUGUAUCGAAAAGACACUUCAUCUUAGCAAUAAAUAGUAUUCCAGAUAAAUCUGAAACUUUCCUUACAUUCAUUGAAUCAUUCUGAUACAUAUGAUUAGUGACUCAAUGACUGGUUAAUUUUCAUUAAAAAUCCUUUACAUUUUUAAAAGAUAAAUUAUUAAAAUUCUUACAUGGUUAUUAAUAAAAGCUUGCUCAUAUUUGCAAAAUAUAUUUUAGCUGAUUUUUUAGAAGUGUACACAUCAUAACGCCCAAAAACUGAAAACAUAUAUCGUUAACAUAGUUUUAUUUAAUUUUGAGCAGUUAUUGUUAAACCAAAAUGAAAUGUGUUUUAACAAAAGAAGGUUGUGAUUUUUUUUUUAAAUUUCCAUAUAAGGACUAGAAAAUUAUUGCGUUGUCUGUGGACGUUUUAUAACAACUACUACAUGUUAGAGUAGUCGCGUUCAUAUACAUGUAGAUGGUCUUCACAAAGAAAUGUAAUCUGUCCUUUAAUAAAGACUUUCUUAUUAUCAAAAGUUUUAACGUUGAAUAAAAGCGAAGAUACAUA